GUCCUCCAACUGUUCACACUUUAAAUAAUACAACAGCCAUAGAGGGAACAGACUUCAACAAAAAAUGCCUUUAUGAUAAAGGACAGCCAUCAGAGACCAAUGUGUACUGGGCACGACAGGGCAGUUCUUUCAGACAGGAAGGAGAUGUACUUAAUCUGACAAAAAUACAAAGCAGUAGUUCUGGUAACUAUACAUGCACAGCAGAAAAUCAGUACUCAUCGGGAAACAAAGGACAGAGCAAGCAGUCCAUGAUCAUCAAUGUCGAAUAUCCUCCAACUGUGUCCAAUUUGACAAAUAAAGACAUUAUAGAAGGAGAUGAUCUAUCUGUCACAUGUUUUAUCACCGAUGGAAAUCCUGCCCAAACCACUAUCUACUGGACCAAGACAGGUGACUCUGGAUUUAGACAAAAUGGUGUUGUACUACUGAUACAGAACAUACAGAGAGGCAGUGCUGAUACCUACACGUGUACAGCACAAAACAGUUACAGCAUUGGAGGCACGGGAUCAAGCAGUCAGUCCAUGAUUGUCAAUGUGCUCU